GGUUGUAAUAUGCCAGCGAUAACGCUUUUCUUGACUUUGGUAAUGUGGCGCCAGGAUUCAUAUUAAUUGUCACGCUUUCUUUGAAGCAUCUUUGACACUAACAGCCUUCCCGUACGACGGCACAAGCUCGACUGAAAUGUUCAAAAUUCCAAAUACCGAUUGCAGAAUGGAGAUGACAGGAUGGGAAGUAUUUAACUUCAGUUGGAGUAUUGAGAAAGUCAGCAUGUGCCCCCAUUCAGCGGGAGAAUUUCUUUGUAGCCCGAGUUUUGUCGUACAUUCUUUACCUGGUCUCAGUUGGCAUUUGAAUUUAUAUCCGCGAGGGAAUGAAGAAGCAGAUUUCAAGUCUGUUUAUCUUAUGAGGAAUAACAUCUGUGGCACUGCUGUAUCGCAUAUUUUUACAGUCGGUGUUGGAACUGCUCUAAAAGGUGAAGAUAUGGUUUUGAAUCGUAUUGAAGAAAUGCAGUGUUUAAUUAGAAUUAAUUAUAAUUGGGAGUAUGUAAAAAACCCUGACAUUCUCAUUAUAAAAUUGGCUUUAAAGCCACUUAAUAAAAUUAAGCACGACAUUCUUCCUUCACUUUCCUACGAAAAUGGACUUUUUGCAGAUGCUGUGGUAUGUGCCCGUGAUUUUGAUUUUCGGGUGCAUAAAGCUAUUUUGUGGGCUAGAUGGCCUAAACUAGCAGAAAAGCUUGAGGCUGAAGCAACUUGCAAGACAGUUCUGGAUAUCGAACCUGAUGUAUUGAAUGCCAUGAUUAACUAUGUUUACACUGGUAAACUAGACAAGAAUACGACUGACAUUAAAGCGAAAUUGCCUGCUGCUGCAGCCAAACAUGAACUUCCCAAGCUGCACUGUAUGGAUGUUGUUACGCAGGAAGUCUGUACUCAUAUUAAUGUGGAAGAAGUUUCAUUUCAUUGCAAUGUAGACCGUUUAAUUAACAUGCCAAAUAAUACAGAGUUUUGCAGUGAUGUAUUUUAUAUCGACAUGUUUGAGUCUUGUAGAUGGUACUUGAUUAUUCGGAAAAAAACGAAAACAGAUAGUGAACGCAUACAUUACGAUGUUUCUCUCUGUAACACAUAUGGUUCAAAAUUCAAGCCGCUUUUCGUGAGAAGCAAUAUAACCUAUGAUAAUUCUCAUUAUUCUGUAAAUGAACAUUUAUUUCGUAAAAAUGAAAACUGGGUAUGUGGCACGAAUUCUUCGCAUCCAUCUCUCAGCCCGUUUAGUCUUAGGUGCGAGUUUAAAUUUUCCGAUUACCAUAGUUUUUCAAAGAUUAUAAAAUCUCGUAAGUUACAAUCUAAUAAUUUAGAUACCCUGCACUUUAGUAGUGAUUUACGAAAUCUGUACAAAACUGGCAAAUUAUCUGAUAUCACUAUUACUGUCGGUUCUAAAAUAUUCUCUGCUCACAAGAGUAUUGUUUGUGCACGAUCUGCGGUAUUUUGUAGAAUGUUUGAAACAGAAAUGAAAGAAUCGGUAAGGAACAGUGUUGACAUUUCAGACGUCGAUCCCGAUAUAAUGGACGAUAUGCUUCUAUAUAUGUAUUCAGGUUGCCUGUCAAAACCAUUGGAUGAUGAUAGAGCUGAAGAACUAUAUGCAGUGGCUGAUAAAUAUGAAAUUUCUGCUCUCAAGGAAAAGUGCUCGACCUAUUUCAUAUCACGCCUUUCUGCCAGCAAUGUAUAUCGAGUUCUUCAGUUAGCAAAUUUACGUUCGGAUGAUAAUUUGCACAAACAAGCAGUGGAAUUUCUUUCUCAAGAAGAGUAUAUUUUUUCUGCAGAAGAAUGGAAAACAUUCUCAAUACAUAAUGGUAGUGUUGCGGCCAAAGUUCUACAAGAGGUGAGAUUUCAGAAAAAAAGGAAGAAUAAUUAAUGAAAAAAUCUGCAGGUUUCAGAUUUUAAAUUACCGCCAAAGGUGGUUUUUUUUAA